AUAUGGCUCAGUGGUUAAGCAUUCCUGGGUUUAAUUUCCAACAACAACAAAAAAAAGAAGCAGUGGCAGCUAGGACCCUGUUCUGAGUAAGCUUGGACAGUGGACAGGUCAUUUCUCUUAGACAUAAUUUUCCUCAUAUACCAAAUAAGGGUUUAAAAUUGAUAUGCGGAUUAAAGGAGGCAGGUAUAUACAUAUAUCAGAUACUGUGGAUCUGUUGAGAAUGAAAAAAUUUUUUAUGAAUUGGCAUGCAAAGGUCUCCAAGAUAAUAUUAAGUAAAAAAAUGAAAGGGGGCAGAACAGUGUGUAUAAUAGACUGCCAGGCAUUAAAAAAAAAAAAAAAGAACAUACAUCUGUGUUCUCAUGAAGGAGCCUAAAGGCUACAUACAGUAACCUCUCAGGGGAGCACGGGAGAUGGGGCACCCAGGAGUGGGAAGGAGAUGUUUUAAUUUCUUUUUUAAUGUGGUUGAACUAUAUACUUAUAUACUUUAUAAAAUUAUAAUGAAUAUAAACUAAGCCUCUGUCUUUACUGUGUCAUAAGUGAAAGCAAAGCUGUGGGAAUGAGUGGUCAUCUAUCUUAGCAUUCCACCAAAGCCAGGGGUCCUAGGACCCAGAGAGAAGAUCCAGAGGUUCCUUCUAAGGAAUGUUCCAGCAUGGCUUAGUCAGGAAGUUCCUUCUCAGGUCCUGCAUCAUUACCUCCUGGUGAAGCGCCCAUGUCCACGGUAUCCUCAACACCCUAUGGACCCUCCUUGGUUGGCUUACUUAUUCUCAGCCCUAUAUCUUCCCCUUCUAAGAACUUGGAAUUGUUUUGGGUUACCUGGUGAGGGGACAGGCCUAUUGGUACUUGUAAUCAAUCAGAGAAAGGGAUAAGGAGUGAAGAAAAGAGAGGCCAGAGAGCAAAGGCCCGCUCUCCUCACCCUUUCCUCUGCAUUCCCAUUGCCCAUACGCCCACCCACACACAUGCACUCACACAUGAAAACAUCUCUGAAUCACCCUCCUUCUCCCUCCCAUGUUCUUUGUGGCCUCAUUCUUCCCCUGGUCCUCACAGGUGAGUGCUCAAGUCUAUUGUCACCAUGACGACCAUUCACCACCAGCAGAUGCUUCAGGAGCACGUGUCCAUGGAGUUCUCCAGCUCCACCACCCACAUACAGACCUUCUCCCAGACAACCAAGAUCGUGGGAGAGGAAGUCAUGACGAGGAAGUCCUCCAGCACAGUGGAGUUCUUCAGUUUGGUGACCCGGAGUUCCAACAUCCCUGCCGGCGAGAGCGUCCCUGAGUUUGUGGAGAAACCUCACCCAAUCACCUUACCUGAGGGGGAUAAAGCUGAGUUCCGAGCACGGGUGCAGGGGAACCCCAAACCCAAUGUCUCCUGGAAGAGGGAGAGUGGCAUCCCCAUCAAGGAGUCCGCCAAGAUAUUCUACGACAGCAUUAACAAGGAGCACGUGCUAAAGCUGGAACCACUGACCUCAGAUGACUCCGACAACUACAAGUGCAUUGCAAGCAAUGACCAUGCAGAUGCCAUCUACACCGUGUCCCUGCUGGUAACAGAGGGUCAAGAAAAACUAGAUUUCAAGAAGAUGUUGAAGAAGAGGGCUCCUCCACCCCCCAAGAAGAAGCAGAAAGUGACAGAUGAGAAAGAGAUGCUGGAGAUUUUGUCCAAGGUGCCCAAGAAAGACUUUGAAAAGGUCUGCAUGGAGUAUGGUUUCACUGACUUCCGGGGGCUGCUCAAGAAGCUCAAAGGGAUGAAGAAGAAAGCAGAAGUGGAGGCCAUCCGGAUUCUGAAGCCCCUGGAAGACAUAGAGACCAAGAUUGAUACCACAGUAACCUUUGAGUGCAUCCUAGAGCUGAAGGACCCCAAUGUCAAGAUGAUAUGGAUCAAGGAUACUGAGCCACUGAGGAUCCAAUACUCCCUGGGCAAGUAUGAUGUGAAGCAGAUGGGCACCAAGUACAUGCUGGUGAUUACCAACGUAAACAUGAGUGACGCCGGCGUCUACAGCCUGUCUGUGGGUGAUAAGCGGAUGAGUGCACAGCUCACAGUGCUGGAUGAGCCACUGAAGAUCUUAGGAGAUCUGAAGCCACUAAAGGUGACAGAGCGCCAGACAGCUUUGUUUGAGGUCCGUCUCUCAAAGAAAGAGCCCAACUUUGUGUGGAAGUUCAAUGGGAAGGAGUUGAAGAGGGAUGACAAAUAUGAAAUCUCAGUGUCUGAGGAUGGUCUGACCCACACACUUAAGAUAAAGGAUGCCAGACUCAGCGACAGUGGCGAGUUCUCUGUUCAAGCAGGGAACCUGGUACAGAAGGCUCAGCUCACUAUUGACCGCAUCCCCAUAAAGUUUGUGAGCACUCUCAAAAAUGCACGUGUGAAAGAGAAGAGUCGUGCAUGUCUCGAGUGUGAGCUGAAUUCCAAGGAUGUGACACUGAGAUGGAAGAAAGAUGGGCAGCUGCUGGCACAUGGCUCCAAGUAUAGCAUGAACCACGAGGGCAAGCGAGCAGAACUGAUCAUUGAGGAUGCACAGCUCAGCGACGGUGGCGAGUACACUGUGGUGGCCAUGCAGAAUGGGGAUCCCACUGAAUACUGUAGUACAGCCACCCUCACUGUGGAAGAGCGCCUGGCCACAGUGAAGAGCGGGAUGUCUGACGUUCACGCUGCCACCGGGAGCCCAGCGGAACUGUGCGUAGUGCUGAAUGACGAGAAGGUGGAAGGCGUGUGGCUGAAGGAUGGCAAGGAGAUCACUGACUUGCCGGGUGUGCAGAUCGUGAAGCAGGGUGCAGUGCACAAGCUCAUCUUCCCCAACAUGGGCCCGGAGUAUGAGGGCAAGUAUACAUUCCGAGCCAAGGGUGCCGAGAGUGAAGCCUCCGUAUUCAUCGCAGAUCCUCCUGCCAUUGACCCGUCAAUCCUGGAGGCACUAGCUGCACACCCUGUGACUGUGAAGGUAGGCCACACAGCCCACAUAAAGGUGCCUUUUCGGGCAAAGCCACUGCCCAAAGUGACGUGGUACAAGGACGGCAUGGAAGUUACGGAGGAGGAACGCGUGUCCAUGGAGCGCGGGGAAGACCAGGCACUGCUCACCAUCUCAAACUGCGUGCGUGAAGACAGUGGCCUGGUUCUGCUCAAGCUUAAGAAUGACUACGGCACAGCCACAGCCACUCUGCACCUCAAUGUGCUGGACCGCCCCAAGCCUCCACAGGGCCGAGUGGAGUUCCUGGAGCUCUCCGGUAAUUGUGUGCACAUGAAGUGGAAGGCCCCUAAGGACAACGGAGGACGACCUGUGACACAGUUCAUAGUGGAACGGAGGGCAGUUGGCAAGAAAUCCUGGAUUAAGAUAGGCGAGGUGGAUGGCAAAGUCACCAACUUCUCCACCAAUAAGGUGGAAGAGGGAAAAGCCUACCAGUUCCGUAUCCUGGCAGUCAAUUCAGAGGGUGUGAGUGACCCCCUGGAGACUGACGAAGUAUUUGCAGGAAAUCCCAUAGAACCCCCAGGUUUUGCCUCCCAGCCUCAAGUGACUGAUGUGACCAAAGAAACUGUGACCAUCACAUGGAAUGCCCCUACACAGGAUGGGGGAGCCCCAGUGCUUGGCUAUAUUGUGGAGCGAAGAAAGAAAGGCAGUAACUUGUGGGUACCAGUCAACAAGGACCCCGUACAGGGUACCAAGUAUACCGUGGAUGGUCUCCUGGAGGACACAGAAUAUGAAUUCCGAGUUAUAGCUGUGAAUAAGGCAGGCCCUGGACAGCCCAGUAUGCCAUCCAGUUCAGUGGUAGCCAAGGAUCCUGUUAAACCCCCAGGCUUGGUGCAGGGACUGCAUGUGUCUGAUUCAUCCAACUCGAGUAUUUCCCUGGGCUGGCAGGAGCCUAAGGAAGGAGACCCACCCUCUGGCUAUAUCCUUGAGAUGCGGGCUGAAGACAGCAAGGAGUGGUCCAAGUGCACAAAAAUCCCCAUCUCAGGCACCUGCUACACAGUGGGGGGCCUGACUGAGAGGCAGAAGUACUUCUUCCGCAUCCGGGCUGUGAAUGAAGCUGGGGUUGGGGAGCCUGUGGAGCUAGAUGAAGGGGUUCGUGCCAUGCCACCACCAGCUGCCCCAAAGUUUGACCUCAGUGCACGGCUGAAGAGUCACAUGGUGGUUCGUGCUGGGACAGCUCUCUGCAUCCAUGCAGCCUUCUCUGGCUCACCACCACCCGAUGUGAUCUGGAAGAAAGAUGGUAUCACUACAAAGGGCCGGGAAACAAUCACCAAAGGCAAAAACCAUUCCCAAUUCCUCAUCAAUAGCACCAAGCGCUCUGACUCAGGGGUGUAUCGAAUCUUGCUCCAGAAUGAAUUUGGAGAGGCACACUAUGACAUUCACGUGCAUGUGACAGAUUUCCCCCGGCCUCCUACAAACCUACAACUGUUUGAGGAGGUCCCCAACACAGUGACUCUGACCUGGAACCACAGCCCUGACGUGCAGGAAGAUGGUGAUGCACACUAUGUCAUCAUGAAGCGGGAUGCCAGCAGUCCCACAUGGUUCACGGCAGCUGAGCGUGUCUUCAGCAACAAAUACACAGUGACAGGGCUGCUCCCAGGCAGAAAGUACUAUUUCAGAGUGGUAGCCAGGAAUGAAAUUGGUGACAGUGAUCCACUGGACUCCAAGGAUACCUGGCUCGUCAAUAAGGACCACAUUGAAAACCUGGACACCAAGCUGAAGCCAUACCAGCAGAAGGACUGGCGCCACGCACCUCGUUUCCUGACUCCGCUCAAGCCACACAUGGUGCUCCAAGGCCAGGAUUGCACCAUGACCUGCGCCUUCCUUGGGAACCCACGGCCCACAGUGACCCUCUACAAGGGCGAUGUCAACAUCACGGCCAACUCCAAGUUCUGGUACAACUCCACGAGUGGAGUAUGCACCCUUGUCAUUCCCACCUGCACACUAAAAGACAGUGGGGAGUACAGCGUGCUGGUGGAGAAUGAACUUGGCAAGGACCGCAGCAGCUGCACACUUACCGUCUAUGAUAAGGAUGACAAGUCAAUUCUAACAUCCAUCACUGAGAACCUACAGAAGAAAUCAAAGCACCUGAUGUGAGCUCCAGCCCAGCCCAGGCAUCUGGAGGCUAUUGUAACAUGGGGCUUCUUGGCGUUUCUCUGCAUGGCCCCAGUGUACAAAGCCCAAUCUGCUCUCUGGCAUAUGUCAAUGUAAACAUCUGUGAAGGGACAGGACAAUAAACUCACUGAGCUUACCCUUUA